AUGGAAGAAUUGCAAUCGCAAGAACGGGCCGAAGCCCAGCGCAGCGUGUUGUCCAAUGCGACCAGAGCUGAAGAACCGCGCUCAAGUGCUAGUGUUCUGUCGUCGCUUCAAACACUCAGGAUUGGUGCUGCUGGAUUUCUCAACCCAACGACUACACUGGAUAUCCACGGCCUGGCAAUCGGACGGAUCGUCAGCAACGCCAACAGCUUUGGUCGGCCAGCCAGUCGACAACCAACACACUGGGCAGCACACGAGCUGCCAUCUCGCACCUCGCAGUCGGACGGACUGGAGGUCAUCACACUCUCCGCAGUUGGACGGGCUGCCGGAGAUCAUCUGUCAUCGGACGUGGCGAGCGUCCCCCACCAAGAAGCUCUGCGAACCGGAACGCCGAGAGCUAAACGCGUCCCCGAAGAAGAGGCUCCCUCGGAACGCCGAGAGCGAGCAACCAGUUUCCUGCCCAUGUUCGGCCAGCGCACCAAGGCGCUGGAAGUAAAGUCUGGUUCGCGGCGGGUAGAACCGAUCUACCGCGUCGUUUUACCUCCCCCAUCGACGUCACCAAUCUUCAGUCUGCUCACCAGGAGUAGAUUCCCCAUCCAACACCGGUUGGAAUCCCGGCUAUGUUGCCGUGCACAGCAGCAUCGGUCCGGCCGUCUUCGGCCACCUUCCUCUCUGGGCUCGCGGAGAAGGAUUGAAGUUCACGAGCAAAAGCGUGACGUCAUGGUCAACGGGGACACCUGCUCCCACACUCCAGCCACAACAUGGUGGCACAUUCCAAGGCCUCAACGGAGGCAACCUAUGGCCACACAACUGGCACACUCAAGCCCUCACUGGAGGCACCACGAUCCACACACGGUGGAAACCAAGUCGGCCACAACGGUAGCAUCACACGCACAAGCAGGAAACAGCAGCAGUACGGACGCGCGGACGGCGCAGCAGAUCAUGGCGGGCGGCACCAAGGCCCGGGCACUCUUCAGGGGCGGCACCCAAGCCGCAAACCACCACACCACGGUCACCAAGCUGCACAACCGGUGCAGCACACGGCGGGCGGCGCACAAGCCGCAGUACAUCCACACACUCACAUACAGUCCACACACACACAAGGGCAGCACAGUCGCUGCACUCUCAAGUGGCAAUACAGCCACGACGAGCGGCAAGAGGCCGCACUCCUACGACCCACGAUGGGCGGCGCACGAGCCGCUGACAACAGCUCACCCGAGCAACGACGGCGAUGGUGACACUAUCAUCGCACGACCGCAGCACAGCGGUCCCCGAGCGGCACGUAAGCCGCAGAAACACCACGCUUACCCCUACGUUAGGGCGGUGCACGAGGCACCAAAUCAGCACCAGUUCAGCGAGCCAAAUGCUGAAAGCGGAGUUCCAGCACCGAGGCAUUUGGGGGUGGCGCGUUCGUGGUCGGACGGGCCAGAACAGCCACCCCGCCACUUCCCCAAGAUAAGUCCUGCUGGAACAUCCCUGAAAUGCCAGCCAUUGGCAUCGUACGCGGUCGACGUGGACACUUCCUGACGUCAACACAACCGAAGCUCAUCGUUCAUCCCCACGACCUGCAGCAGUGGCCAAUGCUGCACGAGUCGUCACAUGUUGACUGGGUAGACGUACCCUCGGUAAUGAUGAUCUGGAGAACCAGAGAACACACCACGUGACGUCAGCGAUGGAGUCCACAUCAAGUCUUCUCAACGAAGAGAGGAAUCAUACCAGUCGACCUUAUAACCGGUGGCAACGUGCCCACCAACAACAUCAUCGUCUUUAACCGCGCCAACAAGGCGGCGGUAUUCUCAACGGUCGCACCAUCACAGCGUGGUGGCACAGCAAGUGAGCGAGCCGAUCGCUCUUGCCAAAGUCUACGGCAAUCGAGGUCACAGCAACAAGGCACGAGGAGUGGCGCGUUCGGGGUCGGACGGGCCAGAACUGCCGCUCCACCCCCACUCCAAGUUAAGUACAGCAACAAAUUAACUUUUUGUACAAAGCUCAGCGCUUUCCACCCUCACAGGUUGCUGUCAUCCCUCGAUUCGGCCAAGCAUCGUCAACGACACUGCAGAACAUCGUCAACCAGCCAGCAGCUCAACUAUCAACAAAAUACAAGACUAAGAAUACUAAAAGAACUGUGAUAUUAAUGUUAAGUAGCGUAGGGCUGUUAGGACGAUUUCUUGUUGAAAGCCUUCGGCCUUUCAAGGCGGGCGGUAUGUUAACGCCCAGUUAACCAAAUUUGACGAUUAGUAGAAAAACACUUUCAGACAACACUGUAGAUUAUGUAACACCACACACACAAUCUCAGUAGCCCUUCGUGUACCUUUAUGUUCAAUGUUAGUAGUCGUUUCAGCACACGAAGUGGUUUGUCUUUUGUAAAGUUUGUAGACUUCCCGGUCGCAAAGAACUUGACGAGCUUAAAACUAGACCAGAACUCAAUCCAUAAGACACUUCUGACCAGAUGGUCGACCGGGACAGUCACCCCUCCUCAGGGGCAAGUUAAGUAGAGCAAUAAAACCAUACUUGUAACCGCCAAUCUGUACUCCUUUCGUACAAUAAACCAUCCCAAGUAAAUCGCGUUUUGACUUACC